GUAUUUUCUUGUAAAACAUGCUCCAAUAAUCUUUUUUUUUUUGUACUCAAUACACUUGAGCAGCUAUAACAAAAAAACAGACAAAAAAGACUAAGUUUAACUAAAAUGUGUUUAAAAUUAAGACCUUUUCAGGAUGAAGUGAUGGCUACGCCCCGUCAGUUGAACUGAAAGCGUCUGAUAAGGAGAGCAGAACUUCACAUGCAGCUCACACACACUUUCUAAACUCAAACAAGCCUCUUCCUGCUCACAUUUAAUUCAGAAACCAGCCCACGGCAAUUAAAGAUCUGAAGCACAAUGACAUCUCAGGUCUCAAAGACCGUCCUGCGACUGGAGGCUGAAGACGUCCGGGGACUAAAUGAUGGAAUUAAUUUUAAGAAAAACCAAGAGGAUGGCAAAUGUUACAUCAUUUACAAAGUCAAAGACAAAAUACGAGCGUGUGUGAACCAGUGCAAACACCAGGGAGGACUCUUCAUUAAAGACAUAGAAGACUUGGACGGCAGAACAGUGCGCUGCACCAAACACUACUGGAAACUGAACGUGGCCACAAUGGAGUAUGUCAACCCUCCAGACAGCUUCAUGCAAGACGAACUCGAGGCAGUGCUGUCAGAUACUGACGGUAGUUUAGAGCUGGUGGAGUUGAAUCCUCCAGACCCCUGGACCGCAGAGCCCAGAGAAGCACAAGAGCUGCAUGCCGGAGAGAUUACGCUGACGUACAUCACACACGCAUGUAUGGAGCUGAAAGCAGGGAACAAGCGGAUGAUGUUCGACCCGUGGCUUAUAGGACCAGCGUUUGCGAGAGGCUGGUGGCUCCUUCACGAACCUCCGUCUGAUGCCAUGGACAGACUCAGUCAAGCCGAUCUCAUUUACAUCAGCCACAUGCAUUCAGAUCACCUGAGCUACCCAACUUUGCAACGUCUUUCCAAGAAGCGUCCAGAUAUUCCCAUUUAUGUUGGAGACACUUCACGGCCGGUGUUUUGGUAUCUGGAGAAAAGUGGAGUGAAUUUAACAAACAUAAACGUGGUGCCGUUCGGCGUGUGGCAGAAUGUCGAUGAACACCUACGAUUUAUGAUUCUGAUGGACGGAAUUCAUCCUGAGAUGGACACCUGCUUGAUCGUGGAGUAUAAAGGUCACAUGAUCCUGAAUACGGUGGACUGCACCAUACCAAACAAUGGACGUCUUCCUCACGGUGUUGAUGUGAUGAUGAGCGACUUCGCCGGGGGUGCCUCCGGUUUUCCAAUGACCUUCCACGGCGGCAAAUACACCGAAAGCUGGAAGGCAGAUUUCAUCAAGAACGAGAGGAAGAAGCUGUUAAACUAUAAGACGCAGCUGGUGAAAUCACUGCAGCCCAAGAUCUACUGCCCUUUUGCUGGAUACUUCACUGAAGCGCAUCCCUCUGACAGGUACAUAAAGGAGACGAACAGCAAGAACAGCGCAGCAGAUCUGAAUGAAUCGAUAAGGAAGAGCUGUCCGAACAUCUUAACCUGGACUCCUGUACCCGGAUCAGUCCUGGAUUUGGCCCUGGCUCUGAAGGACCCAUCCAACAGGAGAGUCAUCACUGAGCCGCCCAAUGGCACAAAGAUCUUUAAGGACAGUUGGGACUUUGACUUGUAUUUGGAUGAACUGAAAGCUUCUGCUUCAGCUGAAAUCUUUAAAUACAAGAGCUGGAUCCAGUUCUAUUAUAACUGGGCAGGAUUUAAAGACUACAAUCUGGUCAUUCGGGUCACUGAGACGGAUGAUGAUUUCAAGCCUCUGAAAGGAGGUUAUGACUAUCUGGUGGACUUUCUGGAUCUUUCUUUCCCAGCCGUGCGUCCGAAGAGAGAUCACGCGUAUGAGGAGAUCAAGAACCGAGUUAACGUGAUGAGACACGUGGUUCUGAACGGCCGGCUGUGGGACGACCUGUACAUCGGUUUCAAUAACAGAAUGAGUCGAGAUCCUGACGUUUACCACCACAAGUUCUGGAAUCACUUUCAGACAGAGCUGCCUUUAUCAGCACCAGACUGGGAUCGUUUCCUUCAGAUUGCCUGUGAAACGGACGUGCCAAACGAGAGCAGUAACGCCUGCGCUCUAUUUUAACACAAACACACACAUCUGUGUGUAUUUUUCUGGAUCACAGCGCUGUUUAUGUGGUUUUGAGGGUCUGAGGGGUUUUAAUCUCAUGCUGCUCUAUCACUUCUGCUUAAUAACUGUAAGACAAAGUCAAACCCUACUUGAACAACCCCAGUGAGCACAGCUAGAGGUUUAUAUUUAUGAAGUUUCUCUGGAAUACUUGAUUCUGUGCCCAAAUAUGCAAUAUUUUUGUAUAUUGAUGCUACAAAUAAGAUGGUCCGAUUUUUUUGUUUUACCUGGAAUCUGAUUUUCAUCAUGGCAGUUGUGUCUCUUUACAUCAGGUUACUAUAUUACUGGCAUGUAUUUCAUAUUUAUGAAAUGUGUUUAGGAUGGAUUUGUUUUUAUAUUUUUUUUGGUUGUUGGUAUUUGAUUUUUUAACAGUAAUCAGGUUGAGUUAUUAAACACUGGAAUGAGAUCUGAAUUGCUUUAAAAGCAACUAUUUUAAUUAAUAAAAAAAUGAAUGUACAAAAAAAAAAAAAAACAUUUUGCAAAUAAUGUGUUUGUCUGAGACCACACUGAAAACCUGUGACUUAAAAAAAAAAGAUAAAAUAAUGAGGAAAUAUUUCAUAUUAAUCUUUUCACACAAAUGUAUAUAAUUAUGUAAAUUUGUAGUUUACAAAUAUAAUUCUGUCUUUUUCAGUGACAAAAAGGAUUUUUGCAUUUUGUUUUAGAUUUCAAAUGCCACUGGAAAAUAAAAUUAAAGUAUACAUAAAUGUAAUACAAUAUAAUAUUUAUAAAAUAAAUAUAUUGCAAUAUAUAUAUCAGUGCUGCUAUAGUUUUAUCUUAAUUAUUACUUCUGAUAUUAUAGUACUCAAUAUACUGAAAUAGCUUAUAUUUUUUAGAUUUGAGUUUUUAUUUUAAUUUUAGUAAUUUUAAUGUCAUUUUGUCAUUUUCUAGUUUUAUUUCAAUUGCUAAAACAUUUUAAUAGUUUUAAUUAACAUUAGUAGCUAGCAUGAGACAGAAACACUUAAGGUCAGAUAAAAAGACGUUUCCAACGCAUCACAGUGGAAUUGCUAAAAAAAUAAGCCCCUGCAUCACUUCUAGAAAAACACUUUUCCAAUAUAUCGCAGGUGAAUCGCUAAAUUAAGUCCCUGCAUCGCUGCUCUUCCGCAUUCACACAUCAAAAACAGGAAACAUGAGGCCCUGCCUCAGACUGAGGAUAUUUACAUCCGCAUAUUUACACAUUCUAAAUGAGUUUCAGUUUUGCAAACAUUGUGUAAGAGAUAUAAUAAACUUCUUUCGCUUCAUUUAGCCCAGAUAACCUGAUAAGCAGGGUUCAAAUGGUGAAGAGGUGAAGUGGUUUAACCCACAAAAACAGUGCGGUGUGCAACCACAGGUUUUUACAUGUUGGUUUGAUAUGAACAGAGCCAGGUAGCUGAUUUCAUGCAUACUGUGGAUUACAGUACUUGUAGUUAGAUUACAUUACAUUUUGAAAUACUCGUAAUCAGACUACUUUCUUAUUGUUUAAUUACACUAUUCACACAAUAGCAAUAAAUUAUAUAUUUUUUUCUAAAAUAGCCUACCAUUUAUAUACAUUAACCUAACUGGAACUAACCUUACCUGGAAGACUUUCUGACUGAAUAUAAGCAGCAGGUUAUUUCAGAAAGGAAAAAUUAGAAGGGAUGAAUUAGGGAGAAUCAAUAAGUGAUAAAUAAUGUAUAGCGAUUAUGUGAAUAAUAUGCAAUUGUGUACUCAAUAAAAAGUAACUGUAGUCUGAUUACAAGUAUUUUAAAAUGUAAUCUAAUUACAAGUACUUAAUUUUUGUAAUCUGAUUAUGUAAUUCAGAUUACAUGUAAUCAGUUGCUACCCAGUACUGUAAAUAUAAGCCGUGCAGUUUUGUGGACAUUCAAAGACCAGUCACUACUACAAAUAUAUUAUAUUCUAAUUAUAGUCAGGUGGCUAUAAUUACACAAAAAAAAUUGAGAGGCCACACAGCAUUUGACCACUGGAUUUACAAAAAUCAUUUCAACUUUAAGAGGUUUCUCAACAUUUCAAUGUAUGAAAAAAUAAUAAAAAAUAAUA